GUGAUGUGUCUUGCGGCGCUCUGCUCUCUUCAGUCCGUGCUCUCGAGGCGCAGGCGAGCAGACACAACGAAACUCUUAGAAGCCUCGUGGUGAAAGCGUAGAAAGGUCGCUGAAUGCCAGCGUCAGGGGCCUGCCCAAGAGCCUGCCCUCUUCUCGAAGAUCUCUGGCUCCAGCUGCGAGAAAACUGCGCUCCAUGAAAAAUCUUGCUGCGAGGCCCAUGAUGAUGGCGGCGGUGGAAUUCUAUAUCCACUUGUUGUUGAACUAUUUUCGAAAACUUCUCCUGAGAGGAACAUGCUCGACGUAACCCUUGUCGCACUUGGAAUACCAUGUGGGACCUGCUCUAGAACAGGAACAUACCGUAGACGGAUCUACCCUUUCGCCGACCUUGCACCGCGCCGAACGCAAAGGCCACUUUGUCCAUAGACGUAUCCACCCCGAAAAUGUCUGUGGACGUCUCGGUACCCACUGAGUCCAUCGACGCUCUUGGCUAGGACGUGAGAACGGUAUUUGGCAUCGGCCCCAGGUGUUGGUAAGCAGGUCGGCUUGGCCCUCCAAUAGAAGAAGACACAACGCCAUAAACAUAGAACUGCUUGGCGCUACGCGCGGACUUCUUGGAUCUGCGCUGGACCCCCCUCCCUGGCACGCGGAGCGCGCCAGGGGCGGCGCCGGAGGCGCCGCCGGCGGGGCCCAGCGCGGAUCCGAGAAAUCCGCGCGGAGCGCCAAAAGUUUGUGCUCGUGGCGUGAUCUUCUUCCUCGGCCCAGGGCCCCACGACCAGCAGCGGCCCCGCCCGCCCCGCAGGGGGCUCCGAGAGGCUCCCCCGCUCGCCAGGGCUCACCAGCCGCCCUGGGGGGGCCCGGCGGCAGAGGGGGCGGCCCGUCCCAUAUUUAGCGCUGCGGGUCCCGCGGGGCCUCGGAGUUCAGGUCGGCACGCUUGGCACGAGCUUGGCAUCGUGCUGCGAGGAGGUCGCGACUUCCACAGCACGAAUCACACUUUGCAUGUCCUCGGCAUCUUGUCUGAACCAAUUGGCCAAUUUCUGCAACUGCAGCUUGUUUACCACGAACGGCUCCUCGAUCUGGACGGCGAUAUUCUCGAGGCUGAGGAACACUAGCGCGAUGAAGCCAACAGUGAGCGGCACGAUGAAGAGCGGCUGCCCCUCCCAGAACGUGCCCUUGUUGAAAUCGGUGAACGUCUUGAUGAGCGCGAACGGCAGCAGCGUGAGCCAGACCAGCAGGAACCGCAGCAGGGAGCGCGUGUACGCCACCGGGAUCGGCGAGCGCAGCAGCUGCUCGCAGUCCGCGAGCUCGCGGCCCGCGCCGACGAGCAGGCACUGGUCCAUGUCCUUGCGCUGGAACACGGUGAGGUGCGGGAAGCUGGUGGAUCUCCCAGGACAGGAGCGUGUGCACCUGCGCGGGCGUCAGCGGCGCGCCCGCCGGCCGGCCGAGCCGGCCGUUGAGCACCGCCUGCGCGGCGGCGCCCUCCCCGCAGGGGCCCUCGGGCAGGUCCUGCGCCACCAGGUACGCGGUGAGGAGCCAGCAGUGGUACGCGACGAUCGGUCGAUGAUCCUGUCGACUUCCGCGGCUGGCCUCCGCAUCUGCCCGUCCGUCCACGUGAGCAGCUGCCGGAUGAGGCUCGACAGCUCCCCGGUGAUCUUCUGCACCGACCUGCACCCCGACACGUACCGCAGGUACGAGCUGUUGGUGCGGAAGACGAGCAGCAGGCCCAGCAGCGGCGAGGUGAACUCGAAGGGCUCGACUGGCAGCUCUAAUUCUACGAGUUUGGUGCUUCUGGCAGCGAUGUAGCUGUACAGCUCCACACCGGAGGAGAAUAUCAACAAGGCGACAAGGACGGGCCACACGCGACUCGUCGUCGUGCCGUUCACAAGCCCUGGGAGAUCCCUCAAAUACCUGGAGGCUGAGGCGUGCUUCCGCCACCUGCUGUGGUCGAAAGACCGCUCCUCGAAAAACUCGGCCUCCACCCUCCCCAGCCCGUCGAAGGCGACGGAGUCCGAGAACUCUUGCCAGAACUUCGCGUCGAGCACAUUCGACGGUGAUGGACGGAUCUUCCACAACCGCUACCAUAUGCAGGAGAGGGAGGAGGGAGGAGGAGGAGUAGGAGGAGGCGGAGGAGGAGGAGGCGGAGGAGGA